CUUGUGAACGGUGCUUCAUUACAUCUGUGGAAUGAUUAGUUCUUUGUCAAUGUUUAGCGGUUUAUUUGAUUUAAGUUGGCUUCUAAUUAGAACACUAUCAUCGUAAAUGUUGUAAACUCUUCCUUAAAGCUAUGGAUAUCAGCAGCAGUGAUUCAGAAUGCAAUGAACCUUCACCAUUAAGGAAGCGACGAAAGUUAAACAACGAUCGCCAGCGUCUACAUCCACGAAGUGCAGCACCUUCCGCUAUCAGAGCUCCUCCUGCUGGUCUACCUGUAGACCGUAGAAAAUUACGCAGAGCGGGUCGCUACAUAAUUGGACCCGAAGUGGUUGGGGUCGUGCCAGUAAAAUGCCUCGUUCAAUAUAUCGCGAAGAGAGAGAAGACGAAUCAGUUCUACCUUUUGAAAAUCGUACAAGAAUCCACAGAUCCCAAUGUUAGUGACCAACGUCUUCAAGAUGAACUACGAGGUAAAGCACUGCUGCAUACAGAGUAUUCGCUACUCUCCCUAUUAAAAAAGGAACCAGGAAUAGUAAAGGAACACGGAAUGUUUAGUGAUUUCGCAUAUGAAGACACGGUGACAGCGGACGGAAAAUGCGUAUACACAGGUGUGACAAUAAAGCGACACAUCCUCGUAUUGGACUGCCUUAUGAGUCAUAGUUUCUGUAAGUCCAAUUCAUAUAUUAACCUUGAGGAAUACAUAAAAAGGGUUAAGAAGAUUCCUGAGAACUGCGCCCUAUUCAUGUUUCACGCAAUUGUCAAAAUAAUAGAGCGCAUUCACCAGAAAAAUAUCAUCCACAAAGACCUCAAGACGACAAAUAUUAUCUUAAAUACAACAGCAAAGAAGAUUACAAUUGCCAACUUUUGGUUAGGCCGGUUUAUAUCUAAUGAAGGCGUAAUAGUCCCUGAUCAAUCCGGUACCCCAGCAUAUAUUGCCCCCGAAGUUUUCUUGAAAAAGCCUUACAAAGGAAAACCGUCAGACAUGUGGUCAUUAGGCAUUAUUCUAUAUUUAAUGAUUUAUGGGAAGUUCCCCUUCUUCGAACCUACAAUUAACGAGAUUAUAUCGGGAAAAUUCGACAUACCAGAGAAUGAUGAAGUUUCUCCUGCCACUGUAGAGAUUCUCAAAGGCCUCCUGAACACUGACCCUGAACGGAGAAUGACGGCUGCACAAGUGCGAGCAAAAUUGGAAUCCAUAUUUAUCGUGAGGAGAGCGAGAGCUCUGGAUCAAUACGUACCACAAGGAGACGUGAAUCAGAUCCCAUCUGAAAUCUCGGAAAAUUCCCCCUCAACAUCCAAUUGCCACCAAGUCUUCCCAAAAUUUAAUUCGAACGAAAACCAGCCUUCCAAAGCUCCCCUCACCCUGAAGGCCAAAGAAGUUUUCUACAUCGACCACUUGAUAUCAAAAUAUUCUUGGUGGUUGAAUGUACAAAGAGAGUACAGCAAAGAUAUAUCUAUCAUCGUCACGAGGAAACCAACGGAACUGUAUCCAUUUGUAACUCAGCUGCUUGACACAGGCUCCAGACUUCGGAUAAUCAAAUCAGAGAACAAGCUGAUAAUUGAAGUUGUCGUCGGAGUAUCACCAGAAACCAUAUCGAAAGAGAAGAGGCAACGUGAGGAGUUCAUCAAGGCUGUGGGAUCCUAUUUAGCGACAAACCCGCAAAUUAGGAUAUUUAAGAGGUACAAAGAAUUCGAUGGAGUUUUAACAAUAGCGCUUGCGAAGAGCCUCUAUCGAUGGAUCACUAAAGUAUUUAAGGAUACUGAAGUAGUUCAGAACUUUCUUAUAAAUUCGAAUCGUAGUCUUUUCUCGCGAUUGGUAGAAUUUUUCGAAAGGUGUCAAGUUGGAAUGUCACUCGGGCCAAUAAUAGCAGGAUUUCAACCAGAUAAUGAUAUUAAGCAUCUUUUAAUACUUAUGCUGAAAUCAGUUGGAUACGACGAGAAUUUCUUCAGCGACGAAAAGGCUCAAACAAAAAAUCAUAAUAUUGUAAUUUUUCCCAAACGUAGGCGACGUUAAUUCGUCCAAUUCAAAUAUAAUAAGAUUUUAACGUUCGAUAAAAUUAAAAUGGCGCAAAUUAUAAUUUUUCGAGGAAUUAAACUGUUUUCUUGAGUAAAACCAAAUAAUUAGUUAAUAUUC